AUGUCCCACGUUUAUUACACAGAAUUAUGGCUUGUCACGAGAAGCGAUUUAGAAAAGCUGUUGGAGCUCGAACGAAAGCAACAAGAUACGCCACUAAAGAAAAAAGUGGCUUUAAAUUUUGCGUUAUCCAUGUAUCUAAAAUAUCGUAAUAUCGUAAGAAGACUCAUCAUGUGUUAUGAUCAAAUGGUGCACACGCAAAAACGAGAGUUAAUCAAGCAAAUGUUAGAUUGUGCUAUCGGGCGAAUGCUGGAGUACAAGGAGGAAAUCGUCAAAUUAGAUUAUACGAACUAUCAAUGGCCCGACGAUAUCCUGAAUCGUAUGAAAUUUACACCGGAUGAUAUCGAGCUGUUUGCAUCAGUAUCAGGCCGCGAGCGUCUCGAGGAACGCAGGAAGUUUAUUCAGGAGUUGGUGGAGAGUGCCUACAAAGCACCACCAGUAAGAGAACGGAGUUUCUCGCAGUUGCAUAUUGAAAGCAUGACCGAACUGGGGGAAGAAACGCUGAAGAUGCGGGUGUCACGAAGGAAAAUGCGCGCUGUUCCCUCAAAGAUGGAAGUAAUCCGCGAAUCGCCCGAAGAAAUAGCCGCCCGAGAAGCAAAGCUCGCUGCCGAGAAAGCCAUGCACCGCGCAAUAUUAUUGAUACAGAGCCAUGAAAGAGCCAGGAUGGGACGCUGCACCGGAGCAGAUGUGAAACGUAUAUUCGAUUACAACAAGAAAAUAGCAUCCGGAAUGAUAGUACCAAGGAAAAUAGACCGCUCCAGGUACAUCAAGUCAGCGAUAACGAUACAACGUGCGUGGCGUCGAUACGCCGCGAGGAAAGCCAUGAAGAGACGAAUCGCGCGUCUCGAGGAGGCUCUGGGUAUGAUUAUACCAAGCUGGCAGAGUCGCAAAACGAUCGCAAAAGACGAGGAGAAUUUUCAGCGACGACGAGCUCUAAUGCCCAUAUUCGAAGCGCACACUAAGAAGACAACCAGCGAGGAACGUACGAGGCUACUAAGAAUUAGAGGCCCUGGGUUGAUGGAGGAUAUUACCGAUGAGAUUCACGAGUGGUUUGUCAUCUGGUAUGACACGUUAGGACAUUAUGAUGCGUUUCCGGCAGCGGAGCUCGGCGGCAGCGUGUUGAUCGCGACCGGGGAAACCUCAACGCCGGAGGAAUAUCUAAUGGAAAAACUAGUAAAGGAAAAACAAGCCAAGAAGAAGCGUCGAAGGGCCGAAAAAAUGCCAGAAGUUAAAGUUGAACCUGUCAAGCAGGAAGCUCUUGAUUGGAAGAUGCCGCGAACGAAAGCUCUGACUUGUUUGGAGGAGGCCAACGAUGAUUUCAUCCGAAACUGGAGUCUUCGCGACGAAAGUGACAAUCCGGAGCAGGAAGAGUACUUGGACUUGAUUACUGAGAAACUUUGCCACGAGUUGCAGCUCGAAAUGAGGGAGAUCGUGGAUGAGCUGAUGAGGGCUGAGCUAGAAUUGCUAAAUAAGGCUCUGCAGAAGGAUCAUGAUAAGAAAAAACCUGCAAAAGACACUGACACAGUCAGAAUACAGAAGAAAAGGGAAGACAUUUUGGAAGACGUGGCCGUCGAGGACCUCUUUAAUGAACUGUUGCAAGCCAAUAUUAUUAGAAACUAUCAGAUCGUUUUCUUGCGCGAUUGGCACGGUGAUCUUUCCUAUCAAAAUUACGAAGCGCGUCGCGAGUUACGGGAUUACAAAGAACGGCUGGGAGAAGUUAAGCAGCUCGUCUUAGAAUAUUGCGUGUUGCCUUUAAUCUCCAAGGAAACGCAUCAAAUUGCGCCACUCGUGCGUUCAGUGUGCAUCUACGGGUUACCAGGAGCCGGAAAGACCUUGCUCGCCAAUGCAAUCUGCUCAGAGGUCGGCGCAUUACUCUUUGAUGUAUCGGCGCCCGUCUUGCUUGAUAAAUACGUAGGCAAAGAGAAGCAAAAGAGGCUCAUGAAUGUAAUUUCCAAAGUGGCCCGUGCUUACGCACCUUCCAUCAUUUUUCUCGAUGGUGGCGAGAAACCUUGGCUGAAGAAAGUUCCAUCGGCAGAACGACAUCUUCAACCCAAGCGAUUCGCCAAGUAUUUCGUCAAAUUAGUGAAAGGCAUCAAGCCGGGAGAUCAGAUACUGUUCCUUUCAUUGUCUGAAGAGCCGCAGAAAGCGACAGCCGCCUUCGUUAAGCUGCACGAUAAAUUCAUAAGAGUGCCCACUACCGACUACAACACUUUGUACAUGUACUACAAGGAUCUACUGAUGAAGUAUCACGGCGUCGAUCGCGAUAUCGACGUCUCCUGCUUGGCCAAGACGUCCGUGGGGAUUCCUCUGAACAUUAUCCGGCAAGCUGUAGAGAAGGUGCUGUCACUGUACCGAAGAAUCACCCUUAAGUUCAAACCAUUAAGACCGAUCGAGAUCAUGAACGAGUUAUUGACAUAUCGAUAUCCUACGGAGAUGGUGGAAGACUUAGACAAGUUCGAGAAACGCACUCCACUCGCUAAAGCUUUGCGAGCUAAGAAGACCCGCGAUUGAAUGAAA